GCUACCUGUGCCGUAUCGACCACAGCACAUCGCACCACACAACAGUCAUCAUACGAAAACGGACUUGCCAUCUCCACCAGGACAACGUCUGAACCGCUCCACGCGCGCCGUUUUGUCUGGUUGCGGAGCGCAGGCAGCACCACCCUCGCCCGCUGCCAUGGCUGAUGGUGAUGGCUGCUAGCGCGGAGCGAAAUGCCUCACCUGCCCCUUUCACGAACCACGCAGAGCGCCUCUCCUCCUGGACAGGAGCACCCCCUGCCAACGCCCGCCACCUGGCCUCCUCCCGGCUCCGCAAUCCCGCGCAUUACAAAAGGCCGGCCACACCGCGCAAGUAGGAGUAGCUAGAGCUUGAGCGUGCAUGCAGCUGUGGUUCUCAUCUCAUCCGUGCUCUCCUCGACCUCGCCUAGCUAGAGCUAGAGGCUCGUGGGCUGGGGGUGUCCUCCACUCCUCCCCUCGUCGUCUCCUUCCACGCGCGGCCGACACGGGUGCCGCCACGAGCGAGUCGGGCUCUGGCAACACCGCGCCGCCGCGUGGGUUGGGUUGGGUUGGGACUUGGGACUCGCGGUUUGGAACCCGAACACCAGUGGCCGGUCGCCUGCCACAGGGGGGAGGGCUAGUUUUGUUUUUCUAGUACUCGGACAGUGUCCUGCAGGCAACGGACAAAACUGACGGGAGCCCCGCCGCCUGCUGGCCUCGGCCCUCAGUUCUCACUUCUCACAUCCAGCCUCCAGCGCCCGCCCGCCCGCCUCCGCUCUCUCGAUCCUUCUCUAUAGCUCGGCCUGGCCACCGGCCUUCCGCUCCACACAUCCCCGUCUGCGUCCCUCCAUUGCGACCGAGCACACGUACGCCACCGCCGCGUGUCAGCCAGCCAGCCAGCCAUGAUGUCUACGAGCCGCGCGGUGAAGUCGCCGGCGUGCGCGGCUCGGCGGCGGCAGUGGUCCGCGGACGCGCCGAACCGCACGGCGACGUUCCUGGCCUGCAGGCACGGGAGGCGGCUCGGCGGCGGCGGCGGGGCGCCGUGCUCCGUGCGCGCCGAGGGCUCCAACACCAUUGGCUGCCUCGAGGCCGAGGCGUGGGGCGGCGCGCCGGCGCUGCCGGGCCUCCGCGUGGCGGCGCCGUCGCCCGGGGACGCGUUCGUCGUGCCGUCCGAGCAGAGGGUGCACGAGGUGGUGCUCAGGCAGGCGGCGCUCGCGGCCGCGGCGCCGAGGACGGCGCGGAUCGAGCCGGUGCCCCUGGACGGCGGGCUGAAGGCGGCCUUCCACCGCUGCGGCGAGGUCUGCAGGGAGUACGCCAAGACAUUCUACCUUGCGACGCAGCUGAUGACGCCCGAGAGGAGGAUGGCGAUCUGGGCAAUAUACGUGUGGUGCAGGAGAACGGACGAGCUCGUGGACGGCCCCAACGCGUCCCACAUCUCGGCGCUGGCGCUGGACCGGUGGGAGUCGCGGCUGGAGGACAUCUUCGCCGGCCGGCCGUACGACAUGCUCGACGCCGCCCUGUCCGACACCGUCGCCAGGUUCCCCGUCGACAUCCAGCCGUUCAGGGACAUGAUCGAGGGGAUGCGCAUGGACCUGAAGAAGUCCCGGUACAGGAGCUUCGACGAGCUGUACCUCUACUGCUACUACGUGGCCGGCACCGUGGGGCUGAUGAGCGUCCCGGUGAUGGGCAUCUCGCCGGCGUCCAGGGCGGCCACCGAGACGGUGUACAAGGGGGCGCUGGCGCUGGGCCUGGCGAACCAGCUCACCAACAUCCUCAGGGACGUCGGCGAGGACGCCAGGAGGGGACGGAUCUACCUCCCGCAGGACGAGCUGGAGAUGGCGGGGCUCUCCGACGCCGACGUCCUGGACGGCCGCGUCACCGACGAGUGGAGGGGCUUCAUGAGGGGCCAGAUCGCGAGGGCCAGAGCCUUCUUCAGGCAGGCGGAGGAAGGCGCCACCGAGCUCAACCAGGAGAGCCGAUGGCCGGUGUGGUCUUCUCUGCUCCUGUACCGGCAGAUCCUCGACGAGAUCGAGGCCAACGACUACGACAACUUCACCCGGAGGGCCUACGUUCCGAAGACGAAGAAGCUGAUGGCGCUGCCCAAGGCGUACCUGAGAUCACUGGUGGUGCCCUCCUCCUCUUCUCAGGCUGAGAGCCGGAGACGCUAUUCCACCCUAACAUAGACCGGUCUCUCUCUCACUGUCGGUACAUAGCAGCAGCAGCAGUGAAUGAUCGAUAUGAUGUACAAAUUUCUGGCCAGGCCACAUGCAUGAGUAGUACGUACAUGGUUGGCAAUUGGCAUGUGGUGGUGGUCGAUCGGUGUUACAUACUUGUUGUACUCCUCUGUACUAUACAAAACAUGCCGGAGACUCGCGCGUAAGUGAGAAGCGAUAAAUGGAGAUAGAUGUUUGUCUCAUAAAAUGAACUAAUUUACGUUAAGGUGCCGUUUGGAUCCCUCUAUUUGGAAGCAACUGGAAUUUACUUAAUAAAGGUUAUUUGGUUUGGAAUUUA